AUGGUCCCCUAUGUCACAAAUCCAGCCGACCUCGACGAUUGGUUUGGCGGUAUGCAGGAUCCCCGAGUACUUUGGAAUAUUGGAGUUCUUGCAAUCUUCGUGUGCUACACCAACAUGAUGCUGUUUCUCAGAAGAUAUCGCUUGUUUGGCACUUACAUCUCAAUGUAUAUUGAAGUGACGAAGACUGUAUUCCAAGUUAUGGUUGUGUUUAUUUUUCUGGUUCUGGGAUUUGCAUUGGCUUUUUACGUCCUCUUUAAAGAACAGGUAAGUUAGUUCUCAGGUAUUGUUGGCUAAUCAGUUAAUCUUGCGAAGAAAAACAAUAAUUGUGUUAUUAGUUGAUUUAACUCUUAAGAAAAGAUAAGAAAGAAACCAUGAAUUUUGGGAUCGAGAAAAAUGUCCUUUUUCCUUAAUAGAGAUUUCCCUUCAAUAGGGCUUGAUACUGAAGCAGAUACAAAGAUUACAUGAACAUUUUUCCGGGACCAAAUUUUGGUUUUCCGUGAAUGGAGUUGUGUCACAGGGGAGGUUCCACUGUAUCAGUCAUAUCCAGGAAGACACUUAGCAAGAUGACGUCAAUUCAGUUCAACUUCGUACCAGUAUCCUUUGCUUUGAGGGAUCUGAACCCCCAAAGGUUCUCUCGUUAGAAAAAUAAAUAAUAAUUAAUUAAAAACAAUAAUAAUUAUUAUAAUUACUGUUGAUCGAAGAGCAUUAUGACAGCUACCAAAACGUUUCUCGUUGGAACUGCUGCGGGGCCAGUGUAGGGUUAUGGUUUUUAGCAAAUCAUCACAUCUGCCCUAUUUAGCCCUCUCGUGGAUAUUUAUAGCUUCAAAUAACCAAAGGUGCUAGAAACACUACGGUCUUGAACACGCUUCACCUCCAAAACAAGAACCUUUUUUCUCCAUUUUUGAUUUCCUUUGGCAGUUCCUGCCUUAAUGUAGGAAGAAGCCGAAAAUCGCGUUUUGUUGCCUGGCGAAAACGCAUCGGAACCGGUGCCUUGACGUUUUAAUCUUACCGAUCAUUUCAGGCAACCUGUUGGCGAUCUUUGGCUCCACCCUACUUCAAGGUACUGACACAGAAAGCAGUAGAACUCUUUUUUUUUUUUUCAACGAACGCUGUUCAUUGCACUAAAUUGCCACAAGUCGACUAAUACUGUAGCUCCACUGUUAGUAUGCACGCAUAUGUAAACUGCGUGAAACCCAAUUCGAGCGAGCGUUCGACACGUUAGCUUGUGAAACAACCCUAAAUGGUGGCCGAUUUUCUUUAUCUGCUCAGUUGCUAAAACCGCAUUUUAUUUCACCAUUAUCAUUCAGAUUGGAUUCCAUACAGUGCAUCAUUCCCUGCUCCGCGUACUCGUGAUGAUGAUUGGUGAACUGGACUUUGGAUCAACCUUCAUAAGCACCAUUCACCAAAGGAGUGAAGCGAACAACAAUCCAUUGAAUCCAUUCCCUCCUUUUGGGUUUUUCUUCCUUUUUUUGUGCUUGUUUUUCCUUACUAUCGCUCUAAUGAACCUUUUGGUAAGGAACUAGUUUGAUAUGUAUUUUUAACAGCUGAAAGAAUAGGCUGAGGAAACAGCCGACAUUUCGCGACGCCACCACUGGUUUCCCCGCGAAAUGACGUCUGAGAAACGAGUACAGAAAUUCCAUACUGAUGACCUGUCACUACCCUGAUCUAGGUGGUGCUUCUGAUUGGUUGAAGCAGAUUUCCCUCGUUGCAUGACUAAUCAGAAGCACUGACUAGAUCUGGGAAGUUAAACGUCAUCAGUAUGGAAUUUCUGCUCUCUUUCCUCAGACAUCAUUUCGUAGGGAAACCAGCCGUGGCGUCGGGAAAUUUCGGCUGUUUUCUCAGGCUGUUGAAGAGCCGCCUGUUUUAGUUUUCUGCGCAUAUUUGGGAUUUUGCUUUUUAAGUCGACAGAAAAAUUUUCAAGCUUGACUUUUGCAAGAAAAAAAUACUUUUUUAGCGGGUAUCGAUUUCCUUAGAACUGUGUAAGCUAUGUGAAAUUUCUCGGAGAAAUCACACGUCAUUUGUAAAGGUUCCGUACAGGACUCUGUGUCUUUUCUCAAUCUAAAUCUAAAUGUAGUUUAGUCGGCAACAUCCACGGGGGACAUCACGCCAACUGCAAAACACUUGGAAUUGCAGAAUAAAUUUAUUAAUGAAGGUAUGAUCCUCGCAGUGGUAAUAGACCUUUUUACCGAUACGGCGGCCAUAUUGAAUUAAUUCGAUUUAAAGAGUAUUAUAGGAUGCCUAGGGGGCAUGAGCACAUUUCGUUUGUAUUUUCGAGCGCUUUUUCGUGACAUUUUUUCUUAAAGCUUUCUUAUAAUAAGAUUGUCAUGGGAAAAAAGAUCCUUGUGCCGUGUUUGAAUGUAAUAAUGAUCGCCUUUUUCCGGUUUAGUACUAGAAAUAUGGUCUUUCACUGUAUAUUUCUCAGGAAAAGGCGAUCAUUAUUACAUCAAAACACGGCACAAGGGUCUUUUUUCCCAUUACAACCUUAUCCUAAGAAAAUUUUAAGAAAAAUGUUCGGAAAAGCGCUCGAAAAUACAAACGAAAUGUGCUCAUACCCCCUGGGCAUCCUAUAAUAUUCCUUAAAUCGAAUUAAUUCAAUAUGGCCGCCGUAUAGGUAAAAAGGUCUAUUGUAAUUUAAGCAAUUGCAAAUAAACCCCCCCAAAAAAGUGUCGGGACUUCAACGGGAUUCGAACCCAUGGCCUCUGCGUUAGCGCUGCAAUGCUCUACCAUUUGAGCUAUGAAGGCUUACACUGGGAACAGGCCAAUUUGUUGAGUUCAUCUUUACCGUGAAAGGAAUGAAAUAUGAAGAAGAUUUUAAAUGAAGAUAUGAUCGUCGCAGUGGUAAUUGCAAUUACCACUUGUUGGUCAUUACAAGUUAGUCAUUUGCUUGAAACAGCCCGCUCAAGACGGUGUUAGUUAAAGCUGUAAAUGUGCAUUUUAAUGAGAGCCGAAAGAAACUUUUGCGACUACUUCGUACUCUUGUACUGCAAUUGAAAAAAAAAAAAUUUUUAUCAACGAAAUAGCCGUAUUUACUGGAACGUUAUAGCCACGGCGCUUAGUUACCCUUAAGGGUUCUCCAAUGUAGCUCUUUUUCGAAGAUGAUGACGUGGGAAUUAGCGAGCAAAAUUCGCUGCGUUCAACAGUUAUUAAUCGCAUGUAAUGGGCGGAUGCCGUCAGCGGUCCAAGAAUUAAAAAAUGUUGGACGAAUGACGUAUUUUUUUUCAAAUUUAGCUACUGCUACUAUUUCAUAACAAGUGAAGCCAAUCAGAUUCGAAGAAACCGUUGUUUUUUUGUGACCAAGUCAGACGAUAUCCGAAGUUUGCUUUUACAAAUCUUUAUUUUAUUGAGGUAAAUUGUACCGUACAAUUUUCCUGUAGGUUGGUCUGGCAGUGGGAGACACCGAGACAAUGAAGAAAUAUGCCACGAUCAAGAGACUUGGGAUGCAACUAGAAUACCAGUUUGAAAUAGAGGAGGCGUAUCCCAAAUACAUCAUCCGAAGGGUUUACGAAAGGGUUUAUGUAGAGAAGCCCAACAAGUUGCCUAGAGUCAACAGGUAUACCUCAUUUUGACCAAAUCGCAGUAAAGCCUGGUUUUCACUAGCGCAUAAGCGUAAGCACAAGCACAUGCGUAAGCAAGUGAAAACUGGGUCGACAUAAGCAUAAGCACAAGAAAAACGUUCAAGUUCGUUCUUCUUGUGCUUGUACUUAUGUUUAUCUGGUAGCUUUGACUAGGGAAAACUGGGUUGACAUAAGCACAAGCAUAAGCACAAGGCCGUGGACCAAUCAUAGGUCACUUUGACCCAGACCUCAUGCGAACAUAUCAAAAGCAAUAUGGCGGACGCUUCGUCCGCCAUCUCGUUUAUCAUUGGGUUGAGGAGAGCUGGUAUCGAGAAUUGAGUCAAAUAUGCUAUUCUGCGCGUGCGCAUGUCCUUGUGAAAACCAGGCUUGAAAAAUCGUGUGUGUGUAUGCUCACAUAGAGAGUUCGUUCGUGGAACACUCAUUUAGCUGUCACUACAAAUUUCCAGUCAGUUGUCCUUUGUAUUACGUGUAUUCUAAACAUCGGUUAACACCAAGUGGCUUUAGAUAUUUUCAUGCAUUUUGCCUAUAGAUUAAGCGUGACCAAGAAAUGGCUUUGGUUGCCAGGAGUUGCUGGGAUACAAAGGCUUUGCCCCGCCUAGUAUUUGUAUUAGCUUUUACUGCCCUGUUGAUCUGUUUUCUUGCUGAAGAUAGGGUUACCGGAAAUUGGAAUUCCCAUAUUGGUGCUAACAUUUAAUUGAAAGGAAAAUACAUUGUAACUUGUUUUACUCCUUAGAAUAAUAGAUUGGGUGCAUGCAAGGUUUGCUGAAGCAGCUCCACAACCGGUCGAAGAGGGUCAAACAUCUGAAUUUGCUGAACUAAAAGAAGAGAUGUUAAAAAACAAGAAGAGGAUCAAAUCUAUGAUGGCCAUGUUGGAGGCCCAAAACAAGCUACUCAAGAACCUUGCAGCUGUCGUCGACCCCAAAUUUAAGGUUCGGGAAGAUGUUGACGGUGUGAGUGGUGCAGCGCGGGCAUCGCUUGAAGGCGGCAUAGAAAGCGAAAUGCCAAAGUAA